GAUUAUAUUAUGAUUGACUCUUAAAUGCAUUGUGCUUUUUGAGUGGUGUGUUCAGUUAUGUGUGCUAUAAGUGUACAAUAUUGUUAAGUCUAAUUGUUUUCCCACAUUUGCAGUCACCGUAUAUAAUAAUGAAAGGAUUUCCAAUGCAAGUUAACAUGGCUCCAACAAUAGCAAGCAACAAGGGUGUUAAGAGCAGAUGCCCUAAACAGAAACCAAUCGAAGAGAUGGAGCACAUGGCUGCAUAUCAGGACCGAUCAACGGCAGAGAAGAAAGCCGCUUGGAGUAAAACACAGAUGCUGGGUCUAGCUGGUGUGUUUGAAGCUGCAGUUGCAGGUGCAAAUAGAGAGGUCAACAUGCUGUUUUCGCAAUAUGCUGCUGUUUUAAGUGAGAGAGCAGCGCUAGAUGCCUCUCAGGUCAGGGACCUGGAGGGCAUUCUGAAUGAGGCCAGGCAGCUUGAGGCUCAGCUACAGGAGAAGAAGGACAACCUGAAGCAUACUCUAGUCCUUAUUGCUGAUAAACUCAAGGGGUGAUGACCUUCCACCCAGGCCCAAAAAAACACAUCUCAUCAAAUCAGUUUUUUGUUUUUAAACAUAUUUAUUUUUGUUGGCAGUGUUUAUACAUUUUAUUUUUACAGUUGUGUCUUCAUAUUUAGUUUUGAUUCAGUAUUGCACCAGUUACAAUAUGGAAUAAAUGAAUAGCCAUUAACUGUCUGCGUAUUUUUCUUGAAGACAUGUACGUUGGAUAUACUUUUGGAUAGUUAUCUUCAAACACAUUUUUGUAUUUGAUCAAUUACUAUAUGAUGAAAACAAUACUUUUCUCCUUUAACUAAGUUCAUAAAUCAAAAUUACCACAUUUGAACAUUUAUAAAGUUUAUCUAAUUGUUUAUACAAAAGUAUAAAAAAAUAUAAUAUACAAAUAUAUAUGGUGUAUUUUUGUUUUUGUUUUUCCUCUCAGUGUAGCAAUAUUACUGUCAUGUCUUUAAGACAAUGAACUUCCAAAAUCUAAGAUUGUGCUGCUUUUUGAAACUACAUUUGGUAAAUAAGAUAUGUUUCAAGUUAAUUAAUAAAAUCUGGUGUGCAUUGCACUAUACAAAUCUUGUCGGAGUAUGCAACAGUUUCUCUAUACUAUUUGAGAGUAGAGACAA